CGAUCAUACAAGAAGCCGUGCCAUCUUCAGAUGUAGUUUUACAAGCAAUCCCUGGACACGAUGCGAUCUUUCUUUCCACCCACGCGAAUAUUAAUACCAGGUUCCUCGAUGUAGCAGGACGAUAACUCGGUUCUAGUGGACGGAGCCUGUCAGAUUCCGGAUCCAUUGUAUAAGCUCAUCGGCAGCAUAAUCUGCUUCUACAUCCCACUGGGAGUUAUGCUGCUCACGUACGCUCUGACAGUAAGACUUUUGGCCCAACAACGACAGAACAUUGGAGGAACAGCAGGUGGCGUGAUUUUAGGGCUGGACAGACGCUGUACGUGGAGAAAGUUGUUGAACAAAGGAUCCACCGGAGGAUCCGGUACUCCUCAACACACUUCCGGUGCAUCCACGGAUACGGAGCUGACCACCCUGGACACCCACGAACUCUGGCUUCCGGAAAGCGAGCCUCCGCCAUCGGCGAUGUCGGCUUUACACGCUUUUGGGGCAGAAAUGCUGAAAUUGUCCAGAGGACUCGAGGGAAUGGGAAACCCGGGCUCUCAGACACUUACGGUCAACACCAGGACCAUGUCACAUCAUCAUCAUCAUCAUCACCAUCACCAAUCCUCUCCGCAUCAACGAACUGGAAACGGAAGUGCAGAAAGCAGCGCUUCGGGCUCGAGGACGAGCUUGACGACAACGCAAGAAGAAGCGAGUCCUGCGACAUCGUGGCGUUACCGUCGACGAGCAUCGACCUACAACGAGACACAUUUGCAGCGUGCCAAUUUAAUGUCGCCGAAGAUGCCUAGAAAACGAUCAUUCAGCUUCCAUGAUCAAACUACCUUCCGAAGACCUUCGUCUAGAAAAGGCUCCACCGUGGACGAGACCAAGGAGGCCACCCUGACCCUUCCAUCUCCUUGCUCGUGUUCAUAUUUUGGAGAAUCCUUACGGAAGCCGUUGCACUCCGCCACCGAGAUGGCCAUUGUGCCUUUGGACUCGACAAGGUCAAAGACGGUGGAGCCGAAAUCUUACGACGGAGCUAAUUCCAUGGUGACAUGGAGAAGCGGUCGCAGAGGGUCCACCAUAGGAAGCACGAGGACGACUCUGGCGCCCUCGAGGACCACCCCAUUGAGGAGGGCAGCAACAAUGAGAGCUCACAACGGAGCCGCAACCCUAACCUCGAAGAGCAAUUCCUCGUCUCCUUGUCUGUUGAGAUACUCCGGACCAGUUCGGACCCAUCACUCUCGGACCAGCAGCGUCGUUUCGCGAAACAGCUCGAGACACGGCAGGAUUAUUCGUCUCGAACAGAAAGCUACGAAAGUCUUAGGAGUGGUCUUUUUCACAUUUGUUAUCCUGUGGGCGCCAUUUUUCGUCCUAAACUUGGUACCCGCUCUCUGCCCCGACUGCGAAAAACGCAUCGACAGAAAGAUAUUCGAUCUGGUCACUUGGCUAGGAUACGCCAGCUCAAUGGUCAAUCCCAUCUUCUACACGAUUUUCAACAAAGUCUUCAGGCAGGCCUUUAAGAAGGUUCUUCUUUGUAGAUACAGGAAUCCAACAUGGCGGCCUGCCAGGUAGGCCUUGCCCCGACGACCUGGCGUCGUCGUCACCAGUAUAUAACGCUGAGAAUCCUUCUAGAUCAGGAAAAUCGGGAGCGAGGGACUUUCUGGCUAUCAUUGGUGCCAUUAAGGUGAUACGAAAGGCGCUGAGAAAUUUAAUCGACGUCGAUAAAGUUAAGUUCAUCGGUACCCCUUGCGGUGAUAGCGCCAUUUUGAAUACUCAAGAGGUUAGAGCCUCUCAAUAUAUAUAGGCGGACUCUUUCAUAUCACCUUAAAGUCCUUAAGGUGAUACGAAGAGCGCUGAGAACUUUAAUCGACGUCGAUAAAAUUCAUCUAUACCCUUUUUGCGAUGGUAACGCAAGUUUGGAUACUCAAGUGGUAACAUAAGCUGGCGCGUCACGUUACGGACGAUUAUAUUUACGUUUAUGGCUGUUACCCUCUACGUUGAGAAUCAUACGAAAUAAAACGUUCCAUAUGUCAUUUCGGUAAAGUAAUGACAAAGAGAUUGAUGUAAAACUGUCGAAAUCUCGUGAAUUCAUGAUUUUUGAUACUCCAUUGGACAAACGGCGCCAUCUGUGACGUUUACUUGCAACUAAACUUGCUCUAUAAACAUGUGUUACCCCCGGGACAAGCCAGCAUUCUCUUGCAACCAUUAGUGACAAUAUUUUCCAUACUUUCCCAUCUGACUGUGUAAUAGUUCAUUUUUAUAGUAUUCUAAAUUAAUGGAGCUAGGUCCUGAAACUCUUCAUUUUCGAUUUUAGGCCUUCAAGAAGCGUAAAACAUCAAAAUUGUGCACUGACCACGCCAUGCUGGUUCUAGUUCGUGAUAAAUCAAUUUUUGAUGCAAAAUAAAUUUCAUGAGUUUCAGGACCUCCUUAGGGCCUCCAUGUUCAGAUGGUAAAA